AUGAAGAUUGACUUGCAUACCCACAUCCUGCCUGAAAAAUGGCCAGAUUUAAAGCAGAGAUAUGGAUAUGGAGGAUUUAUUCGUCUGGAUCACCAUUGUCAAGGAAAAGCUAAAAUGAUGAAAGAUGAGGUGUUUUUCCGUGAAAUUGAUGCCAAUUGUUGGUGUCCUGAGACAAGAAUGAAGGAAAUGAAUGAAACAGGAGUGGAUGUACAGGUAUUAUCGACUGUGCCAGUCAUGUUCAACUAUUGGGCAAAACCUCAAGACACAGCAGACCUUUCUCAAUUACUAAAUAAUGAUCUGGCCAAGACAGUGAAGACACACCCUGACAGAUUUGUAGGGCUGGGAACGUUACCCAUGCAGGCUCCAGAGUUAGCUGUACAGGAACUGAGACGCUGUAGAACAGAAUUAGGAUUUCCUGGAGUACAGAUUGGAUCUCAUAUAAACACCUGGAAUCUUGAUGCUCCAGAAUUAUACCCAGUUUUUGCUGCAGCUGAAGAAACGAACUGUAGUAUCUUCGUACAUCCCUGGGAUAUGGAACAAUCUGGUCGGAUGAAGAAAUAUUGGUUACCAUGGUUAGUAGGAAUGCCAGCAGAAACUACCACUGCUGUAUGUUCUAUGAUAUUUGGUGGAGUUUUAGAAAGAUUUCCCAAGCUAAAAGUGUGUUUUGCUCAUGGAGGUGGGGCCUUCCCGUUCACCGUGGGGAGAAUAGAACACGGUUUUAAUGUGCGGCCAGAUUUAUGUGCUGUACAGAAUAGCGUUAAUCCACGAGAUUAUCUAGGGCGUAUUUACACUGAUUCUUUAGUUCAUGAUAAAAAAGCCCUGGAUUUAUUGGUGGAUGUGAUAGGAAAGAAUAGAGUUAUUUUAGGCAGUGAUUAUCCCUUUCCAUUAGGAGAACAUCAUCCUGGAGGUUUGAUAGAUUCUAUGGAAGAAUUUACACCUCAGUUGAAGGUAAUUUUAUUAAUUUGA